AUGGAAAGCUGUUUUAAAUUGCUUUCAAAGAAGGGCUACAAUAAAUAUUGUUAUAUGCUUCUUGCUGUAUUUAUGUUUAUUGGCAUUAUUGUCAUUGGGAUUGCAACUGCUUUAGAUUUGAAAGCGACGUUACAUUGUAAGCCCGACGAGAGCCUUGCGAGCGACUUAAAAACGAAGAACUUUGUGGAACCGCAGUGUCUUCUGAAAUACGCACAAGAAUUCCAUCCUUCAAUACCCCUUUAUGUUCUGAUAAUACUAAAUUUUGGACUUGUGCUCUUAUUCAAUGUUAUCUACGCUUGGUGGGUGAAAGAUCGUGUGGAAAUCUUUGCAGAACCUCCGUGUGCAUCAACGAUUUCGAAUGGCGCCAAAGAUGAAAGCCAGCCACUCUUGGAUAUUUCACGGGCUGCAUCGGACCCUAUGGCGUGCAAAAAACCUGGUGGUCAUAUUAUUUUCACGGUUUACAUUAUGCAUUUGAUCUUUUGCCGUAUAAUACCAUUGGUAGUAUUUGCGAUAUUCCUCCUAACUUCGUCGAAUUUCCCAGUCCAGUAUGAUUGUCCUUGGCCAAUGAAAACCACGAGUACGCCCCACGCAAACUUCACACAAAACGAAAGUAUGAAUUUUUCAACUGUGGACUGUACUUAUCCUAUGGGCAGCAUAAAAGAAAAAGUAGCUGCCACCGUUGUAGCAAUAGAUUUCUUUAUCGGUUCAGUGGCGUGCAUGGAGCUUGCCUAUUUGUUGUGGUCAACAUGGAAAGAUAAUAAUCUACUUACUGACCUGGAAUUUUGUAGUGUUUACCUUUUAAGAAAGCGUAAAAGAAUCAGAAAGAUAAUGAAAACGUUAAGGGAGAAAAUACUCCCUGACACAUUUUGUUUGCAUGAUGGUCAAAAGCGUUCGCCAAGUCGAGAACUGGAAGAGAUGUAUGUCAAUGUCAUAAUUCACGAGGGAAGGGAAACUACCUGGACGUCUAGAAGACGGUAUAAAAAUAGGCACAAGGCAUACGAAGCAUACUUCGAAAUACCAGCGGGUGCAUAUACACCUUUAACGAGAAUGGCAGAUUUGUUUAUGCCCAUGUCGAAAAACCAUCCUAAAACUAUUCUUGUCGUCGGCCGACCAGGAAUAGGCAAAACUGUCCUGACGAAAAAAAUCUUUUAUCAGUGGAAAAAGCAAGAAGCAGAAUUCUGGCAUGAUAAAAUAACAUUUUUAAUACGUUUUCGCACCUUUUACAAGAAAAAGUGGAAAACAAGUCUUCGAGAAAUGCUACGUAAAUCUAAAGGAUUCAAAAUGUCAUCAGCGGAAUUUAAAGCUGUCUAUGAAUACACUUGUUUGUUUCCAUGUAAUAUCAUUCUUAUUUUUGACGGAUUGGACGAAGUUAAAUUUGAUGAUGAGUCUUUCACUGAAGAAGAGGCUAUAGAUGGUCACAAUGAUGUUAAACAUAUACUCCUGAUUUUUAAACAGCUAAUGAAAGGGGAACUAUUACCUGGGGUGACAGUAUUAACCACGUCUCGACCGACGGCGGAGCACAUUUAUCAAGAGCUAAAAUUCGAUCGAGAAGUUGAGAUUUUCAUGAGGAACAAAUUGACGAGUAUGUUAAAAUGUUCUGCCGUAAUGACACACAUAAAUAUUCAGAGUUAUGGAACCUGAUCAAAGAGUCACCAGAGCUGUUAACCUUAUGUUACAUACCUGUUAAUUCCCAUAUAGUGUGUUUAACAUUAAAGGAAAGCAUUGAUAUUGAUAAAGCAGAAGCAGCUGAAGGUCAGAGCAAUGUACCAAGAACAAUUACAGAGUUGUACAAAAGAGCUAUAAAGAUUUUACUCUUCAGGAACCAUGCAAAAUACCGCGAUAACGAAGAAACGAACUCAAAUAGAUAUAUUAAGGAAAAGUUUCCUGAAAAUCUGAAAAAUGACUUGAAAAAACUUAAAGAAAUUGCAAAAAACGGAAUGAAAGAAGACCAGUUGGUAUUUGAUGAAGACCAGUUGGUAUUUGAUGAUGACGCUGAUGACCAUACGGAACUGUCAAAAUGCGGCUUGUUCAAUCAGUCGGAAGAUAAUGAUUUCUGUUUUCUUCACCUUACCAUUCAAGAAUUUCUUGCAGCACUGGACGUGGUUGAUGAUUUGGAAAAUGUCGAUUCAUUCUUGUCAAAGCACAUUGGUUAUCCUAGGUGGCAUUUGGUGAUUCAGUUUGUUGCUGGGUUAAUUGGAGAUAAAAUGAGAGAAAUGGAGAAACAAAGAAAGAAACUGCAAAGGUACGUCAGUUUAGUAGAUUAAUUUAAAAUAUUCCAGCCAAUAAUGUGCAUGUAUAUCAAGUUUAGUAAACCACAGUUAAUACACCCUUGCGGAAAAUGGUCAGCCUUUUCUAUAUAGAGCCCCGUUUUCGUGAUUGAAAUAUUGCAUGGGUUUACACUUUUUAGAGCCCUUUAUCUUGUUAGAGGUCAGACACAUUUAGAAACCAUACAGUUACAUCAGUGAAUAUAAAAACCUGUUCCUAAUGUUUUGUAAUAAGUAACAAGAUAAAGGUCUCUUAAAAGGCAAUUUCUCAAACAAGGAAACGAAUCUCUAUAUAGCCACGGCUAAGACCUAAGUAGUUCCCAGAAGAGUGUAUUGAAGCUUAUAUAGUUACACAAAAAUAUUUAAUUUCAAAUGUUUAUUGUUAACAUCAGGUCACCAAACUUUACAAACAACGAAAGAGCACAAGAGCUUGCAAAGAACGACGAAAUAAUAGAUUGCAUAUGCAAGAGGUACGUUAUUUGUUAUAGCCUGAGUAUCAGGCUUUCUAUAUAUCUGUUAUUAUAUUAAAACGCUGAUUGGCUAUAAAUUAAGCUAUAUAUGAUUGGAAAUUUCAGGCAAAAUGUUUAAAGAUUAACUGAGGAGAUGCCUAUGUUGGUGGCAACCUAAAUUCCCCGGCUCCAAGAAAAUAAAUUCCCGAAGUGUCCGCCGCUGCUAGUCACCCGCCACGUAAAUGAAGAUCUUUUAAAGUCACCCGCUGAGAUUGCAAACUGCGGCUACUGAGAUAAGGGCAUGCAAUUCAACUUCAUAUUGCACUGAUUAUAAUAAUUUACAGGAAUUCCAAAACAGUUAAAUUGGCU